AGAACUCUGCGAUGGGCUGGCAGGAGUCCAUUGGGUUGGGCAGGCAGGUUCGGCUGGUGAUGCUGGGGAGGAGGAGGAGGAGGCUGCUGGUGGUGAUGGUGCCCGUCCCAUUCUCCGCAGGUCUGUGACAAGCAGGGAGCAAGGCAACGACGGCGCAGCCCAAUCCCGGCUGACGGACGCGAGCGACUCAGACAUGGACAGUAGCUGCCACAACGCGACCUCCAAAAUGUUAGCGACAGCUCCAGCUCGGGGCAACGUGAUGAGCACGUCCAAACCGUUGGCUUUCUCCAUCGAACGAAUUAUGGCGCGCACCCCAGAGCCCAAGGCCCUGCCCGUCCCCCAUUUCCUGCAGGGAGCCGUGCCCAAGGGGGACCCUAAGCACUCUCUGCAUCUCAACUCGUCGAUCCCCUGCAUGAUCCCCUUCGUGCCUGUGGCGUACGACACGAGCCCCAAGGCCGGAGUGACUGGCUCGGAGCCGCGGAAGGCGAGUCUGGAGACCCCGGCGGCGCCCGCGGCGGCGCCCGCGGGGCCCGCAUUCAGCUGCAGCGACCUGCUCAACUGCGCGCUGAGUCUCAAGGGCGACCUGGCCCGCGACGCGCUGCCGCUGCAGCAGUACAAGCUGGUAAGGCCGCGUGUGGUCAACCACUCUUCCUUCCACGCCAUGGGCGCCCUGUGCUACCUGAACCGAGGUGACGGCCCGUGCCACCCGGCGGGCGGCGUGAACAUCCACCCCGUGGCCUCCUACUUCCUCAGUUCCCCUUUGCAUCCGCAGCCAAAAACGUAUUUAGCCGAAAGGAAUAAACUGGUGGUCCCGGCGGUGGAGAAGUACCCCUCGGGAGUAGCUUUCAAAGACCUGUCCCAGGCUCAGCUGCAGCAUUACAUGAAGGAAAGCGCCCACCUUCUGUCGGAAAAAAUCGCGUUUAAAACCUCGGAUUUCAGCCGAGGCUCUCCUAAUGCCAAACCCAAAGUUUUCACUUGCGAAGUAUGUGGAAAGGUCUUUAACGCGCACUAUAACUUAACCCGUCACAUGCCGGUGCACACAGGAGCCAGACCCUUCGUUUGCAAAGUGUGUGGAAAGGGUUUCCGGCAAGCCAGCACCUUGUGCAGGCACAAAAUCAUUCACACGCAGGAAAAACCUCAUAAAUGUAACCAGUGUGGCAAAGCAUUUAAUAGAAGUUCCACUUUAAACACGCAUACCCGAAUACACGCAGGCUACAAACCGUUUGUAUGUGAAUUCUGUGGCAAAGGAUUUCAUCAAAAAGGGAAUUAUAAAAACCACAAGUUGACCCACAGCGGGGAGAAGCAGUUCAAGUGCAAUAUCUGCAACAAGGCUUUCCACCAGGUUUACAACCUCACCUUCCACAUGCACACCCACAACGACAAGAAGCCUUUCACCUGCCCCACGUGCGGCAAGGGCUUCUGCAGGAACUUUGACCUCAAGAAGCACGUCCGUAAGCUUCACGACAGCAGCCUGGGGCUGGCUCGCACGCCCGCUGGGGAAUCAGGCACCGACCCGCCGCCCGCGAUACAGCAGCCGCCGGCCGCGACGCUGCCGCCUCUGCAGCCGACGCUGCCGCCCCCUGGGCCCCUGCAGCCUGGGCUCCACCAGGGCCACCAGUGAUCGAGGCCAAGGUUCCUCCCAGCCCCAGGCCGGACCCCCACUGCUGAGUCAGCGGCAGACUAGAGCUGGACCUCCCUGCCCAAGCUCGUCUACAGAAUCCCGGGCAUGUUGAGCCCCACACUUUAGGGCCUCUGCAAUCCCUGGCCUUUCGCCUCUUGCAUGCACCUGCUAAAUGGUUUUGUGUAUUAUAUUCUAAAUAGGCACUAACAAUUAUGAGAAAUCUGGAACAUUUUGUUUUCUGAUUUUUUUUUUUUGUUUUUAAUUUGGAAAGACUUUUCAUCUCGGGUGGAGAGAUGAUGUUUGUUUUGUUUGUUUUUUGAAACAAAUUUCUCUGUAUUUAUUGAGAUCUGUAUUAUUCUACCCGAGAAUGCUGCACCACUUUAAUUUUAUUAUUGUAUAUAUUUCCAUUGUGUUGAUUCUGCCGUCUAGAGAUGCCUGCUGAUUGUUUAUUAUCAUUUCCUCCUUCCCUAAAGUAACAAAACACUGGGUGUAUGUUAUAUAUACACGCAUAUGUGUGCUCCUGUAAAGGCACAUUCCACAUUUGUGAGUGCACACGUACACAUACGCACACAUACACCCUAGAUAAGGGUGGAUCAUUGCAGACGAAUUUGAAUUUGGUUUUGAUUCUUGCACGUGAAAAUUGAUUCAUUAACUGUUGCAAAUAAAUACUUGGAACAUGCUUAUUUAAUCAAC